AUGGGCGAGUGGUGCAUCCUGAGUCUGGGGGUGCACCUGCCAAAGCUGGCAGCACUGGGGAUGGAGCUCGAAAAACAUGAAGGGAAAAAGGAAAAUGAAACCACCGUGGAUGAAUUCAUCCUCCUGGGGUUCACUGGGGUCUGGGAACUCCAGGUAUUUCUCUUUGCUGUCCUCCUGGUCACCUACAUAAUGACCCUGGCUGGGAACCUCACCAUCAUCAGCAUUAUAUGGGCUGACCACCGCUUCCAGACCCCCAUGUACUUCUUCCUCAGCAACCUGUCCUUCUUGGACAUCCUGUUCACCUCAGUCAUCUCCCCUAAGAUGCUUAUAAACUUCAUGAUGCAUAGCAAGACCAUCUCGUAUGGUGGCUGUGUCGCUCAGUGUUAUCUCUAUUUCCUGCUGGGGACGGUAGAGUUCAUGCUGCUGGCGGUCAUGUCUGUGGACAGGUAUGUAGCCAUCUGCUACCCUCUGCGCUACACUACUAUCAUGAACAACAAGGUCUGCUUGCUCAUGAUGCUGGGGUGCUGGGUUGGAGCUUUCUUUUCUGUUCUCACCCCAGUCAUUGAACUCUCCCGACUGCCAUUCUGCAAUGUGAAUGUCCUGGACCACUUCUUUUGUGACAUUGCUCCCCUGAUCCAAGCCUCAUGUGCCAACACACACUUCUUUGAGAUGCUGGCCUUCAUCUCCUCCUCUGUUGUAGUGCUCAGCUCCCUAAUCCUCACAUCAGUCUCCUACAGCUACAUAAUCUCCACCAUUGUCAGCAUCCCCUCUGCCACUGGGAGAAAGAAGGCCUUUUCCACCUGUGUCUCCCACAUCACUGUGAUCACCAUUGCCUAUGGCAGCUCCAUCUUCAUGUAUGUUCGUCCUGAGCAGAGCUACUCCAUGGACUUUGACAAGGUGGCGGCUGUGCUGACCACGGUGGUGACCCCUCUGCUCAACCCCUUCAUAUACAGCCUGAGGAACGAGAAGGUGAAAGAGGUCCUGAGGGAAUCCUGGGCCAAUUUCAAACCUUAUUUCAAAUAA